AUGAAUACCCGCCGCUACUUUCUUACACCAAUAUCACUUUGCCAUUCGAGCAUCGUUGUAUCUUUUCCAUCAAUUUCACCAUCAACAACAGCAGUAUCAGUAGGAGGAAGCAAUUAUGCAGGUGGAAAUAGAAACAGGUAUACUCGCGCUUCAAAUAUUCCUGACUCUUCAUUCUUGAUAAGAAUGGCAAUGAGAAUAUCAAGAGCAAAGUGGUUCAUUUUCCUAAGAAGAGUUUUCCAUUACCAAAAUGGAUAUUCAAGAUCUGAUCUUGGAUCGAACCCGUUCAAUUCAAUAACUUGGAUGAUGAUGGAGUGUAUAUCAUUAAGUAUCCAAAUAAUUCUGAGUGUAUAUACACUCUCUGUUUCAAAAGACGAGAAACCAGUUUGGCCAAUGAGGAUAUGGGCGUUUGGAUACGUCUUUGGCUGUAUACUUAGCGUCCUCCUGCUUUAUUCGCGCUACUGGGCAUUCUACAUAAGGCCACAAAGACAUGAUUCUGACACGGAGCAGCAAAGAAGCAGCCACGAUGAUCAAUCCAGGGCAUCGUCAUUACAUAUGAUAGAGAAAUUCAAGACUAGUAUGGAGCUAUUCUUUGCGAUAUGGUUCGUGAUGGGGAAUGUUUGGGUGUUUGAAUCGCGGUUAUUAAUGUCAUACCAUCGCGCUCCUAAACUUCACUUGCUCUGCAUUUCUCUCCUUACUUGGAAUGCAGUUACCUAUUCAUUCCCAUUCAUAUUGUUUCUAUUGCUCUGUUGCUGUGUCCCAAUGUUGAGCACAUUUCUAGGCUACAAUAUGAAUAUGGCAUCUGUAGAUAGAGGAGCUUCUGAUGAACAACUCUCCACUCUUCCAAGCUGGAAAUACAAAUCAGAAAUUGGAAACAAGGAAGAAGACCUCACAAAUUCUGCUCUGCAAAAUGAAAAUUCCGAAUGUUGUAUUUGUUUAGCCAAGUAUGGAGAUAAAGAAGAUAUUAGACAAUUGCCUUGUUCUCAUAUAUUUCAUCUCAAGUGUGUUGAUCAAUGGCUUAGAAUUAUAUCUUGUUGUCCUCUAUGCAAACAACAACUAGAGAGGUAAAGAUGCAACAAAGCUCCUCAUGAGCCUCAAUGUAUUUUUAUCCCUUUUUUAUGGAGAUGAAAUUUUCAUAUAUACCCAAUAUGUACUACAUUAUACACUUGAAAAACAGAAAAUGUAAUUACGAUUAACUAGAAAUAUGUGCAUUAUUAAG